GUGUGUAUAUCUAUGUCUAUGUGUUCGUGUGUGUUAUUUGCCCAGCUGAAAAUGGCGGCUCGGAGCGUCGAGUCCUUCUAACUUUGUCCCACCAUAAUAAUAAACAUCAAACACACAUACAGCUACUAGCACAAUAACAUGGGGAGGAACUUUAGCGAGAGUCUUCGGGCACUCUAGCUGGGAGACAUUACUUUGGCUUCAGCGGAUAAAAGGAACUAAGACGCAGAGACCAUGGAGGAUCCUCAUACACGGUACAGCAAACGCCUGCGAACAGGUACGCGGCGACGAUAUGAAGAUGAUGCGAUCUCAGAUGAUGAAAUUGAAGGAAAACGCAUGUUUGACCUGGAUGAAAAACUGCAGUGUGAAAGAUUUGGCACCAAUUUGGUCAAACACAUGGAGGGCAAAGAUUUUACAUUUGAGUACAUUCAGAGGGAAGGGCUCAGGGAACCCAUUAUCUUUAACACACCAGAUGGCCUUGGCUUAGAAAUGCCGGACCCUGAUUUCAGUGUGAGUGAUGUCAAGGUGUUUGUUGGGAGUCGACGCAUCGUGGAUGUGAUGGACGUGAACACGCAGAAAGGCAUCGAGAUGUCGAUGGCUCAGUGGGGGCGCUAUUACGAGACGCCACCAUCAGAGAGGCAAAAACUGUAUAAUGUCAUCAGUCUGGAGUUCAGCCACACCAAACUGGAGAACCUCGUCAAACGACCAGCCUCGGUGGAUCUAAUUGACUGGGUGGACAACAUGUGGCCCCGACAUUUGAAGGAGAGACAGACAGACUCUACUAAUGCCAUCAUGGACAUGCAUUACCCUAAAGUACAGAAGUACUGUCUGAUGAGUGUGCAGGGCUGCUUCACUGACUUCCACAUUGACUUUGGAGGCACUUCGGUCUGGUAUCACAUACUCCGAGGAAGAAAGGUUUUCUGGCUGAUUCCACCCACACCACAGAACCUGGAGAUGUACGAGAACUGGGUUUUGUCAGGAAAGCAGGGAGACAUCUUUCUGGGGGACAAGUGUUACGAUUGUCAGAGGAUACAACUCCUCCAGGGCAACACCUUUAUAAUCCCAUCAGGUUGGAUCCAUGCUGUGUAUACUCCAGAAGACACAUUGGUGUUUGGUGGAAAUUUUCUGCACAGCUUCAACAUCCCAAUGCAGCUCAACAUUUACAGCAUUGAGGAUCGCACACGAGUGCCAACAAAGUUCCGCUAUCCUUUCUUCUAUCAGAUCUGCUGGUACGUCCUGGAGAGAUACUUGUACUGCCUCACUAAAACCUCACACCUCACACCUGAGUUCCAAAAAUACUCCCUUGGCAUAGGACUGACCAAGAGUGACAUCGAUCCCAGUCCUGGAAUAGACAACUCCAGUGGAGUUGAAGGUGAGCCUGACAAACCAGAGAUCAAGGGAGAAGCCGAAGAAGAAAAUGAAAAAGAAGAAGAAAAAGAAGAAGAAGAAGAAGAAGCUCCUCUUACCAAAUUUCAGCUGACGCCCUUUGAGCUGGAGGGACUCUGGAACCUUGUUGGGAAGCUGGAGGAGCUGCCACCACACAAAAAAUGUGUCCCUGCAGGAAUCCAGAAUCCACCAGCCUUGCUUGAGGACAUAAAAAAAAUUCUGAUGGAACAUGCCAGCGAUGACCCUAAGCUGUCCUUCACUGGAAAGCCCAUUGUUAAGUGGCCCAAAAGGCCGUCAUGGUACCACCCACCAGCCCCACCUCCACCCAUCCUUUACCGUCCUCGCCCAGUCUCUGUGCCGUUCAAGUCCAAGAGCAAGAAGCACUCCAACAUCUCUGCCUUGAGGCGUAGGCGAGUCAGAUGCAAGCGCUGUGCUGGAUGCCUCAGGUAUGAGUGUGGCUCCUGCCAUGCCUGUCAGGACAUGAGGAAGUUUGGUGGGUCUGGACGCAUGAAGAAAGGCUGCAUCAUGAGACAGUGUCUAACGCCGGCAUUACCCAAUACUGCUCGAUGUGCCAUCUGUCGAGAAGGCGAAUCAGAUGAAACAGGUCUCAGCGGUAACUCACUCAUGGAGUGUUCUGUCUGCUCACAAAUUGCCCAUCGUCAGUGCAUCAAGGAACCUGGUGAAGGAAAGAUCAACAAAGAUCUGCCAAGCUGCUGGGAAUGCCCCAAAUGUUACCAAGGCAAAAGUUCAGGAUCAGAGUCUUCCAGUGAUGAAGAGAGUGGAGAGUCAGAAGCCUCAUCCUCUUUGGGGGCAAGACAGAACAAACCUCAGUCAAGACCCACAGCGCCACCACCUUCGCAGAAGCUGUUACUGCAGCAUGAAGAGAAUCGAAAAAGAGCAAGUGCACUGGAGCUCAGACUAAAAAAGAAGAUGAAGCUCGAGCGGAGCAAACUCUUAGUGAAACAGUCAUCACUAGAUCGUUCUUCCCGACUUCUAAGUUCCAGGCUCUUGUCUCGGUUGCGCUCUCCCACCAGCAGGCUGUCUCAGAACAGGGGUCGAGGCUCCAUGUGGAUGAGCAGCUCCCCAGGAGGAACAAGGUCAUUCCAGCAGCUGCAGCAACAGUCUUCUCACAGUCUGCUACUUCAGUCUAAAGGAGAACCCCGUAGAGGGAAGGGUAGAGGUGUAAGGCUGCGAGGAGGAGGAGCGGGAAGAGUUGGAAGCAGAAGCCAUGGAGACCUUGAGGAGGAGAGUGAAGAUAGUAGCAGCAGCAGCACUAACAGCAGCAGCAGCAGUGAAGAGGAAGAGGAGAGGGAGGAGAGCAACAUGGGAGGUGGUGAUAAAGAGAACCAGCCUCAGUCGGAAAAAGGAGUCACCAAAGAUGGAGAGGAGGAAGCCAUGGAGGCGGCCAACGCAAACUGUCCAGAAGAGGAAGAGGAGGAGAUGGAGCAGGAGGGACAAACAAAGGACAAGGACGGCUCCUAUCAGAAAGUGACGCUCCAAAGGCCAAGCAAGGCCAAACAGGACCCGUCAGCCAUCGUUCCUAAACUGGAGGCCAUCACCCCUCAGACUGCUCCUUCCACGAUACACAAACCGAUAAGAAUCCUUCCCAGACCACCAAUCAGAAAUCGAGGGCCCUGUCCCAAUCAGCACUCCAGCAGACGAACACCCCCACAUUUACGCAGUGGACAUGCAGCUACUCAUAACCCCCAUCCAGAGAGACCGGAGGCCACUAAAAAAACGAAGACUAGCAGGUCAGCCAAAAUGAACAAUGGAGCUUCCUGUUCUUCAUCAUCAGACUUUACACACCCCAGAAUCCCUCUGUCCACGCUGCAGGGAGGAGGCGGUGAAGCAGACCGGGACAGUGGACUGAGUGGCCCAGGGUGUGAGAGGGAUGUAUGGGUGUCUGUCUUCCGCUACUUAAGUCGAGCAGAUCUGUGCGUCUGCAUGGCUGUGUGCAAGAACUGGUACAAAUGGUGUUUAGACAAGCGGCUUUGGACGCGGAUUGACCUGAGUGUCAAGUGCACUGUUACUCCUCAGGCCCUGACCGGCAUCAUAAAAAGACAGCCUGUGUCACUCGAUCUCUCAUGGACUAAUAUCUCAAAAAAGCAACUCAACUGGCUGGUUGGCCGACUGCCCGGGCUGAAGGAUCUAAUGCUGGCAGGAUGCGCGUGGUCGUCUAUAUCUGCCCUCUGCUCCUCUGCUGGGCCUCUUCUCCGUUCCCUAGAUCUGCGAUAUGCAGACGGUGUCAAAGACCCUCAGAUCAGGGAUCUCAUCAGUCCUCCAGGCUGUGACAAUCGCAGUCAGCUGCGGACUGUGCAGUGUUUGCGACUUGCUGGCCUGGAUAUCAGUGACCCCACCCUACGCCUGGUGAUCCGUCACAUGCCCCAUUUAACAAAGCUGGACCUCUCCCACUGCAACAGCCUCACCGACAACUCCAUCAACCUGCUGACAGCAGUUGGUUCAUCCACCAGAAACACACUCACAGAACUGAACCUCGGAGGCUGCAGUAAACUGACAGACACGUGUCUGAAGUAUCUCCGCCGCUUCUCUUGCAUCUCACUUCUCGACCUGCGAGGUUGUGAAGGGGUUUCCCGUAAGGCCUGCGAGGCCUUUAUUUCCGAGCUGUCGGUCAACACACUCUACUGCCUAUCAGAUGACAAGCUGAUCCAGAGGAUAUCCUAAACAAAUGCCUCUUUAGUGGAGGGGCAGAUAUGGGGUGGCACAAGUGAGGGCAGCGGGUCCAGACAUGAGUCUGGGGGACACAGUCACAGGCGGAACCACUUGGCAGGUGUUAUGGACACGGGGAUGCCACAGCUGGUCACGGUCUUUUCUUUGUUUUACACACUUGCCUGUGUACCUUAAAGACACUCAGGAGCUGUUUUAAGAGGGAGUUAAGUUGGGAUUAAAUGAUGUGUGAAAAAGCAUGUUGCUAUAAAGUCUUAUUUUUCAUAUGGCACAUUUAAAUGUAUUUGAUUUCAGCUUGUUGGUGCUGCAGAUAGAUUAUUUUUGUCCAGAUUUAAGAGAGCAAUUGUUACAAAGUCUAAUGAUGGCUUUUUUUCCCUCUUUGACAUGAGUGUAAAAGGUGACACCUUUUCCACACAUUAACUUGGGAAAGUGGGUCACUGGACUGGCCUGUGUUUACCAGCUGUGUGUUCAGCUCAGUAAGGUCUUCUUGUACAGGCCCAGUUCACCAGUGUCAGUGAUGCGUCUACAUGGACUGAAUGUGGUGGUGCAGUACAGGAAAAUAGAAAAAACCCAGUGCAGUGGACUUGGACACAUGGAAAGGGGUGAUUUGCACUAAGUGUACGGGUUUAGCCAAGGAUAUGGUGUCUGAUUCAAGGUGCAUUUUUAAACAACCAUUAGACUUCAGGUGCUAUUCUUUCCAAACUCCUCUUGUUUUGUUUUUGUACAGAGACUAUUUAGAGCAAAAAUGUUAAUAAUCUAGAUGAAACUGCUCCCUCACACCUCUUUGAUUUUUUUUUCUUCCAAGAAUGAGAUAUGUAUAUGCUUUUCUUUGAUGACAUGGCCAUGUUUUAUUCUUUUGAGUGGGGGUGUUCUUGUUUCUUUCUUUCAUUCAGGUCCGGUGGUUCAUGAUCUUUGGUCUCCUCUCAGACUGCUCUCCUUUUCAAUGAAUAUACUUAUAUAAAUAUAUACAUUUGUGUAAAUGUGUUUUUCCUCUCUUAGAUUGCCACCACAACCGGGGUCCUGUAGCAAUGUAAUUAUUUUCAGAAGACCAUUUUCCACUUUAUGUUGUUAUUUUUCAAGAGAAAUAAAGAAAAUGCAAAUAAACAA